CCUCAGUUCUCCUUGGCAGAUUUCACCUCUGAGCCCGGGGGACUGGGCAGGAAUGAGGACAUCAGUGAUGCCAAGGAGGACAGCGACUCCCUCCUGGUGGUGAUCGAAACCCUCUUUGAGAAGAGCGAGGUGGAGGGAAACGUCUGCCAGAGCCUCGGCGUGGGCCACGCAGAGCUGCAGCAGUGGGAGGAGGCUCUGCUCAGCUUGGGGGCAGAGGAGGAGUCGCCGGCUCAGGGGGCUGGCGAGAGGCUGGGCACCGAGGGGACAUCCUGUGUGGAGCAGGUGCUCCUCAGGGAGGAUGCUGGGAAGAGCGUGGACUUUCCACACGGCAACGAGGAGAACGGCGCUGUGGCUCCUUUGCAGCACUGCUGGGCAGCUAAUUCAGUGCCCCAGUCCCCACGACAGCCCCUGGCCUCGGGUGCACGAGGAGGCCGAGGUGGUGUGGUGUCUGCAGUCUCUGUCAGCUCCCAGGUGAGCUCAGCUCAGGCAGAGCAGCAGGUCCCGUUGGACCCAGCCGGGCUGGUGGGAGGGGCUGUGCUGGGUGUCCCGGUCCCCAGCAGCAAAUCUUCUCUAGCACUUCAGCGGGCAAACCAAGUGCUUCGAGCAGAAGUUGCCCCCUCUGCUCCUGUGGAUAACGCUGUUCCUGCUGCCCAGAGCCAGCUGGGGUGCCAGCUGCUGGGCGCAAGCUGCCCACCUCCCAUGCACUCAAACACAUUGGUGGCUCGGUGGCACCACGUCCUGCUCCAGGCAAACCUGCCUUUGGGUCAGAGUGCUCCUCCUGGAGGCUGCCCAUCAGAGGCUUGGAUGGCCGUAGCUCCAAAACAGCUGGAAGCAGCAGGAACACGCGUGGAGUCCCAGACCCUGCCAGCUGGCAGCCCUGAGAGCCCCCUGGGGCCUGGACUGUGGCCGCCACCCCCCUCCCAGCCUGCUCCUUGCCCUGCCCAGGGCCUGCACGAGUCCUUGUUCUCAGGAGAUGGGAACCUCCACGACGAGGAGGCUGCUCUCCCUGCACGAGCACCAGCACCCUUAGGAGCCAGGCAGCUGCCAGGGGAUGGUGGCUUCCCCAAACAGCCCCUGACACCCCACCUGGAGCCCAGCUUUUCCUGGGAAGAGGAACAGGCAGUGCUCCAAGAGGCCAAGUGGAUCUCGCAGCCCCAGCUGUGGCUCCCCCAGGCUGGGGCAGGUCCAGUGCAACACAGUGGGCUCCUGCUGGGGUCCAGCACGGCUCCCAGCACCCACCACGUGGGCUGUGCCGUGCCGCCGGAGUGCCAGUAUGGAAAUAGCCUCUCUAGGCGGGAGACCGAUUUCCUCGGGGAUGCCUCCAGAGCAUCCCUUCCCCUGCAGCUGGGCGCCUUGCCUUGCCCCAGGGAGAACCACCCCGGAGCAUCCUGCCCCCCGGCGGGCUCGCUUUCGAGGUGCUCAGCGGCUGCCCCUGGGAAGGGGGGUGCAGGAGCGCCCCUGUGCUCGGAGCACGGCCCUGGCUGCCCGCUGGGGCCCUCGGCGGGUGGGCAGCAGCUCUGUGCCUGUGACAUCCAGCCCAAGGUGAGGUGUGAGGGCUGCAGGACCUGAGGGGUGCCCUGGCUCUCGGGGAGGGAGCGAGGGGAGCUGUCAGGGGCUGCGGGCACGCUGGCCUUUGUGGGCAGCCUGCUGUGAGACAUCACUGUGAACUGGGAGCCACGUUUUGGGAAGCCACCAGCAGCUGUGGGCUCUUCUCAUACCUGCAAAUGGUGCCCUGUGCUCCCUGGUCACUCAGCAGUUUGUCUUCCAGUGCUAUCAGGCAGUCAAAAGUGCAGUGGUUUGGACUUUUUUUUUUUUUUUCCAUGAGAAGUCUUUCAGGGAGAUGCAGCCAUGCCAGCGUGGAGGUCUGUGGGCUCUGGGGAUCCAGGGUAGGACACUGUGCUUGCCUGGCCCAUGUGCUUGGGGCAGCCUCUUGCAGGUGGACCUGCUGCCUCACAGGUAGCACUGCAGGUAGCACUGAAUGGCUGUUUCUUGACUCAGUGUGAUCUCCUCAUCGCCUGUGGGUGUGGACCACCUUUGCCACAUUGCUGUUCAGUCCCCUGCAUCAUCUCCACCUGCUCGAGUCCCUCUGCUCCCUCCCUCCUGUGCUCUGCAUCUCCUCCAGAGCCCCUGGUGACCCAGUUUAAUAGAAAUGGGAUGUUACCAAGCACUUUGAGAAGCUCAGCAGCACUGAAGUGUCUCAGUGGGAGGUGGUAGGAGCAGAGGCAUCCUGGCGGUUGGGCUCUCCAGCAGCCCUCUUGGGGAAUUUGGGAGAGGUGAGUACCAGGCUGUUGUGACCUUUCUGGGAUGCAGAAGGUGCUCUUGUCAGUGGCUCGUCCUUGCCUUCCUCUCCUGCACCUUGCAGUGCCACUGGACCGAGGAACGACGGGGUUCCUCCUCUGGCUUUGCCAAAGCAGUAGAAAGAAGGGCAGGGAGGGAUGCAGUGACCACAGGCUGCUCUCCAGACUCACUUUGUGCCCCUCAAAGUGCUGUCCUGGAGCCCACCACAACCACUUUGUUGAAUUCCCUUUAUUUUCUGUUUUUUGAACCUAAUGUGAAUUCAUUACCUUUCUUUUCCCACCAUGGGGCAUGUUCUCCCAGAUCCGUCAGGGAAACCUGCAGAAGCAGCAAUAAUAAGGGAGGGUGUAUUCAAUUUGAGACCACACUGAAGUGCAGCAUUGUGUCAGAGAGAGCAAAGUGCCUGGGGACCUUCGCAUCUUCCCCCGUGCACCCAUCACCCUGGGCUUCACAUCUGCCUCUCACACCACUACUAAGCAUUUACCAAGCAAAUUAAAUCAGUAAUUAGUGCAGGGCCAGCAGCACUGGCAACGUGUCCUGGUGUGGAGUGGUGGUGUUUCCCUGGUUCUCGUCCUUUACGUCCUGCUUUGCCUCACUGUGCCAGGGCUGCUGGGGCUCUGGAAAGGUCAAGCUCCUGUCUGCAGGCUGGGGGCAGAGGGGUGCUGAAAUGCACCAAAGUGGCCUGGAGGAGCACUUAGGACAGGGCAAGGAGGUGGCUCACCGGACCCAAAAAGCAGCAGGAUGGAGUGUGCUCACCAGCCUCUGCUGUCCUGGCACCGGUGAGAUGAUGUGAAACACUGCCCAGGGUGCCAAGGGCACAGGCUCCAAGGGUCAUCUUGGAGAGGGGGCACCCGCCAGGCUCUGCUGCCUGGGGCCCUGACAGACCCCCUGGUGCUCUGUGACUGCUGUCUGAUCUCUUCAUACCUUGUGGCUGUGCACACAAAGUCUCUUUUGGUGGCAGCAUCUCAUUUUACGCCCUGUGAUUUCUUUGUGCUGCUGUGGGCAGCCGGAUGAUGCUGAGGAGAAAAGAGACGUCCUGAGACUCAUCCCCCCCACCACCCCUCUGUGUUUGAUUGUGUAUUAAAAGGCGAUUUGCUUUGU